AUGAAUUAUAAUAUAUUUGUGCCUAUCUAUCUAUCUAUCUAUCUAUCUAUCUAUCUAUCUAUCUAUCUAUCUAAAUCAGUCUAUUCGUUAUCUAUCUACUCUAUUCGUUGUCUAUCUAUCUAUCUAUCUAUCUAUCUAUCUAUCUAUCUAUCUAUCUAUCUAUCUAAAUCAGUUUAUUCAUUAUCUAUCUAUCUAUCUAUCUAUAUCAAUCUGUUUUUCUAUCUCUUCGUGUCUUUAUUUACAUAUGCGUGUAUCUAUCUAUCUAUCUAUCUAUCUAUCUAUCUAUCUCAGUCUGAUUCUUCAUUUCUAUCUAUCUAUCUAUCUAUCUAUCUAUCUAUCUAUCUAUCUAUUCGUGUCCUUAUCUAUCAGUCUGUGUCUAUAUCUAUUAUCUAUUCGUUAUCUAUCUAUCUAUCUAUCUAUCUAUCUAUCUAUCUAUCAAAACGAGCAUAUUCCUUACUAAUCUGCAUGACAUGCAUGUUUUCGAAGCACUAA